CCCACUGGGUAACGAUUCUCCGGUAGUGGGAGAAGGCUUCGAACACAAAUGCCUACUUCUGCGACUCCUGCAUGGUUUCGUUACAAAUCCACCACGCACUCGGUAUAGUGACGCGCGCUUGGCUACAUCUCGGAUAACGAACAUCCCGCCGGAAGGUUGCUGGUAGUCACCGGUCAGAGCAGGAAAUCGUACAAGAAAUAAAUCCAUUUCACCACCAUCCAUCGCGCAUGGUUCGGUAAAUCGGAUUUACGUUCGAGUACUGGCCAGCGUUAAAUUACAACCGACGAGAGGGAAAGUAAGAGACGUGUGCACGGACACACAAUCACACACGCCUACGCCAUAAGAAGUGUGAAUAAAAAAAGGAUUGCUUGGACAGUAGCAGUGUAGCGAGCGAACGGAACGGUCAGAACCACGGAAUACGUGUGAAAAACAGUAACAGCACCGGACAGCAAUGAUGGACAGUAUCCAGACGGGAGUUGUCAAAUGUGGCGGCUAUCGGUAUGACGAUGGGACACGCUACAUUGGCGAUUGGAACCAGCGGGGCCAGAAGCACGGCAUGGGCUCGAUGAUGUUCUCCGAUGGCACCCGGUACGAUGGCGCAUUCAGCAACGGUGUGUGUUCCGGGCUCGGUGUAAUGUGCUUUCCCGAUGGUGCAAAGUACGAGGGUGAAUUCAUGCAGGGCUGGUUCCACGGGCACGGUGUGUUCUGGCGGGCGGACGGUAUGAAGUACGAGGGUGAGUUCCGUGGCGGACGCAUCUGGGGUCUGGGACUGAUUACGUUCAGCGACCAGAGCCACGGAUUCCCGCGCAACGAAGGCUUCUUUCAGGAUUGCCGCUUGGUGCGAAAGAAGCGCUGUCCGGAUGUGAUUAAUCGUGCCCAGAAGGUAGCCCUUAUGGCACGUGCACAGUGCGAUCAGGGUAGUUAAGUGCGAACGGAAUGUCCACAACACUACGAUUAGGAUUCGCACGCGAUCGGUUUAGUAUGUUGGAUAUGUUCCUUUUAAUGCUACUGUUGGUUCGUUGUAUGUUUGUUCUGUUUUUUUGAACAUGUUUUUUUUUUGUUGUUGCAGUAUGCUAGUAGUUUUGUCGUAAGAUUUAAGGACUUAUAAAUAAGCAUCGACCAAGAAUUAGAGAUAAUGUUAAUACCGUGACUGUUUUCAUCCAAUAAAUAUAACUACCUCCUUAGAA